AUUUUUCAAUAAUUUCCUCCUGUGCAGCUGAAGAGUCGUGACUGCCGAACGCGGGACCGGUAGCGGAGGUUGGCUGGAGGCUGCCAAGCGGCGCAUCGGUGUGUGUUGGAAUUCAGCGCCAUUGCGUCCGGUUCCAUGGCCUUCGCGGUGCCGCGCCAGUAGUGAGGGAGCUGAGUUCGCGCCGCCCUCUCACCCCUCCCCUCCCCCACCCUACCCCCAGGAGCCAGGCGCUCGCUCCGGGCCGCGGGGCCUAGUGUUGCGCCUAGGGCUCGUGGAGUUGCUGUCGCCUUCCCUUCCGUCGCCGUGAUGGCGCCGCUCUUGGGCCGCAAGCCUUUCCCGCUGGUGAAGCCGCUUCCCGGUGAGGAGUCGCUCUUCACCAUCGCGCACACUCAGGAGACCUUCCGCACUCGGGAAGAAUAUGAAGCCCGCUUGGAAAGGUACAGUGAGCGCAUUUGGACGUGUAAGAGUACUGGAAGCAGUCAGCUAACACACAAAGAGGCCUGGGAGGAGGAACAGGAAGUUGCUGAACUUUUGAAGGAAGAGUUUCCUGCCUGGUAUGAGAAACUUGUUCUAGAAAUGGUUCACCAUAACACAGCCUCCUUAGAGAAGUUAGUAGAUACUGCUUGGUUGGAGAUCAUGACCAAAUACGCUGUGGGAGAAGAGUGUGACUUUGAGGUUGGAAAGGAAAAAAUGCUCAAGGUGAGGAUUGUGAAGAUUCAUCCUUUGGAGAAAUUAGAUGAAGAGGCCACUGAGAAGAAAUCUGAUGGUGCUUGUGAUUCUCCUUCAAGUGACAAAGAGAAUUCUAGCCAAAUUGCUCAGGAGCAUCAGAAGAAGGAGGCAAUUGUAAAAGAGGAUGAAGGAAGGAGAGAAAAUAUUAAUGACAGAGCACGUAGAUCUCCACGAAAACUACCUACUUCGUUAAAAAAAGGUGAAAGGAGAUGGGCUCCUCCAAAAUUUCUGCCUCACAAAUAUGAUGUGAAACUACAAAAUGAAGAUAAGAUCAUCAGUAAUGUGCCAGCAGACAGCUUGAUCCGUACAGAACGCCCACCUAAUAAGGAGAUACUUCGAUACUUUAUACGGCAUAAUGCCUUACGGGCUGGAACUGGUGAAAAUGCACCUUGGGUGGUAGAAGAUGAGCUGGUGAAGAAAUAUUCCCUACCGAGCAAGUUCAGUGACUUUUUACUUGAUCCAUACAAGUAUAUGACUCUCAAUCCUUCUACUAAGAGGAAGAAUACUGGAUCCCCAGACAGGAAGCCCUCAAAGAAAUCCAAGACAGACAACUCUUCUCUGAGUUCACCACUAAAUCCUAAGUUAUGGUGUCAUGUACACUUGAAGAAAUCCUUGAAUGGUUCACCACUCAAGGUAAAGAACUCAAAGAAUUCCAAAUCUCCAGAAGAGCAUCUGGAAGAAGUGAUGAAGAUGAUGUCUACCAACAAGCUGCAUGCUAAUUUCCACAUUCCUAAGAAAGGCCCAUCUGCCAAGAAGCCAGGGAAGCACAAUGACAAACCUUUGAAAGCGAAGGGCAGAAGCAAAGGCAUUCUGAAUGGACAGAAAUCCACAGGGAAUUCCAGAUCUCCAAAAAAGGGCCUGAAGACUCCUAAAACCAAAAUGAAGCAGAUGACUUUGUUGGAUAUGGCCAAAGGCACUCAGAAGAUGACACGAGCCCCACGAAAUUCUGGGGGUACACCCAGGUCCUCUAGUAAACCUCAUAAACAUCUGCCUCCUGCUGCCCUACACCUUAUUGCCUACUACAAAGAAAACAAAGACAGGGAGGACAAGAAGAGUGCCCUGUCCUGUGUUAUCUCCAAAACAGCUCGUCUUCUCUCUAGUGAAGAUAGAGCUCGUCUCCCAGAAGAAUUGCGGAGUAUUGUUCAAAAACGCUUUGAGCUUCUAGAGCACAAAAAGAGGUGGGCCUCUAUGUCUGAAGAGCAACGCAAAGAAUACUUGAAAAAGAAACGAGAGGAGUUGAGAGAAAGGUUGAAGGAGAAAGCCAAAGAGCGGAGAGAGAAAGAAAUGCUUGAGAAACUAGAAAAACAGAAGCGAUAUGAGGACCAAGAAUUAAAUGGCAAAAACCUCCCAGCAUUUAGAUUGGUGGAUACUCCAGAAGGGCUGCCCAACACACUCUUUGGGGAUGUGGCUAUGGUAGUGGAGUUCUUGAGCUGUUACUCUGGGCUACUCUUACCAGAUGCUCAGUAUCCCAUUACUGCUGUGUCCCUUAUGGAAGCCUUGAGUGCAGAAAAGGGUGGCUUUUUAUACCUGAAUAGAGUGUUGGUCAUCCUCUUACAGACCUUAUUACAGGAUGAAAUAGCAGAAGACUAUGGUGAAUUGGGAAUGAAGCUGUCGGAAAUCCCUCUGACUCUGCAUUCCGUUUCAGAGCUGGUGCGGCUCUGCUUGCGCAAAUCUGAUGUUCAGGAGGAAAGCGAGGGCUCAGACACAGAGGACAAUAAAGAUACAGCACCAUUUGAGGACAACGAGGUACAAGAUGAGUUCUUAGAGAAGCUGGAAACCUCUGAAUUUUUUGAGCUAACAUCAGAAGAGAAGCUACAGAUCUUGACAGCACUCUGCCACCGGAUUCUCAUGACAUACUCAGUGCAAGACCACAUGGAGACCAGACAGCAGAUGUCUGCAGAGUUGUGGAAGGAACGGCUUGCUGUAUUAAAGGAAGAAAAUGAUAAGAAGAGAGCAGAGAAACAGAAACGGAAAGAAAUGGAAGCCAGAAAUAAAGAAAAUGGAAAAGAGGAGAAUGGAUUAGGCAAAACUGAUAGGAAAAAAGAAAUUGUGAAGUUUGAGCCCCAGGUAGAUAUGGAAGCUGAAGACAUGAUUAGUACUGUGAAGAGCAGACGACUGCUUGCCAUUCAGGCUAAGAAGGAACGGGAAAUCCAGGAGAGAGAGAUGAAAGUGAAGCUAGAACGAGAAGCCGAAGAGGAACGAAUACGAAAACACAAAGCAGCUGCUGAGAAGGCAUUCCAGGAGGGAAUUGCCAAGGCAAAACUAGUCAUGCGUAGGACACCUAUUGGUACAGAUCGAAACCAUAAUAGAUACUGGCUCUUCUCGGAUGAAGUUCCAGGAUUGUUCAUUGAAAAAGGCUGGGUACAUAACAGCAUUGACUACCGAUUCAACCAUCACCGCAAAGACCAUGCUGGCUCUCCUGAUGAGGAUUACUGUCCCCGUAGUAAGAAAGCAAACCUGGGCAAAAAUAUAAGUGUGAAUACACAACAUGGACCAGCAACAGAAACUGCCGUAGAGACCACCAUACCCAAACAAGGACAGAAUCUAUGGUUUUUAUGUGAUAGUCAGAAGGAAUUGGAUGAGUUGCUAAGUUGCCUUCACCCUCAGGGAAUAAGAGAAAGUCAGCUUAAAGAGAGACUAGAGAAGAGGUACCAGGAUAUUAUUCAUUCUAUUCAUCUGGCCCGGAAACCAAAUUUGGGCUUAAAAUCCUGUGAUGGCAACCAGGAGCUUUUAAACUUUCUUCGAAGUGAUCUUAUUGAAGUUGCAACAAGGUUACAAAAGGGGGGCCUUGGUUAUGUGGAAGAAACAUCAGAAUUUGAAGCUCGGGUGGUCUCUUUAGAGAAACUGAAGGAUUUUGGUGAGUGUGUGAUUGCCCUUCAAGCCAGUGUCAUAAAGAAAUUUCUCCAAGGCUUCAUGGCUCCCAAGCAAAAGAGAAGAAAACUCCAAAGUGAAGAUUCAGCAAAGACUGAAGAGGUGGAUGAAGAAAAAAAAAUGGCAGAGGAAGCAAAGGUUGCAUCUGCUCUAGAAAAAUGGAAGACAGCAAUCCGUGAAGCUCAGACCUUUUCCAGAAUGCAUGUUCUGCUUGGGAUGCUGGAUGCCUGUAUCAAGUGGGAUAUGUCAGCAGAAAAUGCCAGAUGCAAAGUUUGUCGAAAGAAAGGUGAGGAUGACAAACUGAUCUUGUGUGAUGAGUGUAAUAAAGCCUUCCACCUGUUUUGUCUGAGGCCGGCCCUCUAUGAAGUACCAGAUGGUGAGUGGCAGUGCCCAGCUUGCCAGCCUGCUACUGCCAGGCGCAACUCCCGUGGCAGGAAUUAUACUGAAGAGUCUGCCUCUGAGGACAGUGAAGAUGAUGAGAGUGAAGAAGAAGAAGAGGAGGAGGAGGAGGAGGAAGAGGAAGAAGAUUAUGAGGUGGCUGGUUUGAGAUUGAGACCUCGAAAGACUCUCCGAGGCAGGCAGGGUGUGAUCCCCCCUGUGGUAAGGCCGGGCCGACGACCAGCCAAGAAGCCGCAUCCUUCUACCAGGAGGUCUCGUCCAAAGGCACCACCUGUGGAUGACGCUGAGGUUGAUGAGCUGGUGCUUCAGACCAAGCGGACCUCUCGGAGGCAAAGCCUGGAGUUGCAGAAGUGCGAAGAGAUCCUCAGCAAGAUUGUGAAGUACCGUUUCAGCUGGCCCUUCAGGGAGCCUGUGACCAGAGAUGAGGCCGAGGACUACUAUGAUGUGAUCACCCACCCCAUGGACUUCCAGACAAUGCAGAACAAAUGUUCCUGUGGGAGCUACCGCUCUGUGCAGGAGUUUCUUACCGACAUGAAGCAAGUGUUUACUAAUGCUGAGCUGUACAACUGCCGAGGCAGCCAUGUGCUAAACUGUAUGGUGAAGACAGAACAGUGUCUGGUGGCUCUGUUGCACAAACACCUUCCUGGCCACCCAUAUGUCCGUAGGAAACGCAAGAAGUUUCCUGAUCGGUUUGCUGAAGACGAAGGGGACAGUGAGCCAGAGACCGUUGGACAGUCGAGGGGACGAAGACAGAAGAAAUAGAAAGGCGGGGCCCUGGUGACGAUAUCAGUGAGUGCCAUACAGAAUUCUGUAUUCACCAGCAUCAUGAAACAAUUGUGCUCUUUUGAGUUGAUCUUGGCAGAGUAAAGGGACAUUUCCCGGAGCCAUUCCUGAGUACCCUUCCCCUUCCCCUUCUUUGUGACAACUCUCUUUCCAAUCCCACGCCACCUCACCCUCUCAAACAGACAAACAAACAUACAAAACUAAGGCACUUCACUUAGAGACUGGAGUCCUGCUUAUAAUCAUGCAUAUAAUCUUUACUUUGAUGGAUCUGGCUAGAGGGGUGUUGGAGCCCAGCCCACCCACAUACCAGACAAGCUCUUAGGGGAGCAGAAGAAAAGCAGGAAGAAUUGAAAUGUUUAAUUUUUUUAAAAUCGACUUUUCUAGUUAUUAAAAGUUGCUUGUUUCAGCAGUGAUAUUGUAUAAAGAACAUCUUGUAAAAUAUUUCUGUCAUCUUGCUUUGGCACAUGUACAGUACAAUUUAUAUGAUAAUGUGUUUGCUUUCCUUUCCCCCAUCUCCUCCCUCAGCCCAUGUUCUCUCCUUUAGAGAAGUGGGUUGGAGGUCCAUCAUAGCAAUCAAUGUGACCUGGUGGGGCGGAGCACCCCCCUGCCUGCCCACCCCUAUGGCUGUUUCCCCCUCCUCCAUUUCCAUCUGCACCGCCCUCUUCCCGUGCUUCUUCUGGCCUCAGACUCAACUCCCUGUGAACCUGGAUCUUUCAGUGGUGUCAGUGGGAGGAGGGAUGGGAAGAGAAGUUAGCCCCUCCCCCCAAUGACUCUAGCGCUAGUAGUUACAUUUAGGCAAAACUUUGUAGUCUUCUUUCCCUUUUAUGAAAGAUUUUGAUAAAAAUGCAAAACAGGGUUUAAUUUUCUUUUUUAUCAACUUUGAAUUUGGAAAUUUUGAGAACUUAGGUUCUUCUGUACCUAUUUAAAUUAAGGGAAAAGAAUUUCACCAAGGGGAUUGCAACUUCUAGGACUUGAGAAUAAAGUCUCUUAGUAUUAAACUUUUAAGGUGUGGUCCCUGUCUCUCCCGUCCUCCUCGUUCAAGGACUUUGGGGAUUUGCUCCAGUGGCUGGUGGAUAGGUUUACCAUCCCCUCUCCCACAGGCUUGGAAUUAGCACUGACAUGACAAUUUCAUAAUCCCAGCCACUGACACCUUUUCCUGCCUCUUACCCUAGAGCCAGUCUGUUCUUGUUAACAGUGAGAAUCCUGUGUUCCCACUUUAGUGACACCUGAAUUGUUUUUUAAUUGUCUUUAAGGAGGAAGGGCCCCAUUGAGGGGUGAACUUGUAAUAAAUUGGAAUUUCAAAUAAACAUUAUGUACUUGUGUUUAUAAAGAA